CAUCAAGAACAACAGCAACAACAAGAUCAUCCCAGCGACGCUGUCAGCCUCGCCGAAUCAACCACAGACACAUUACUGCCAGACUACACAGCCAACUCCCCACGCCUCCCCUCGUACGCACGCGCAACAGCUCGCCAGGCAAUGACGGAGGAAGAGCGACUUGCGUCGUUGCACGCCUUUGUUGAGCGGAAGCAAAGCAUAAAUGACUAUUAUGGCGGACACAAAGGCUGUCCACAGGGGCCACCCAACGAUCCGCUGAAGCCGUUCAAGUGGAUAAAACGGAAAAUGAACGGCGAGAAGAAUGUCUGGCGGUCGUUGAGUGACGAGGAGAAGCGCAAGUGGGAGGAGUCUGGCGGCGAUAUCGAUGAGGAUAGUGGCGAG